CAGGUGGGACAGGAUGACAGGGUAUUUGGCCCGGCAUGUGGCCAUUUAGAAAGGUCAGCUCUAAGCCCUCUUUGGCAAAGGUACAAGCACUUCUCUCCAGAAAAUGAUGGCAUCAGGAUGUCUCCGGCCAUUUGUUGCUCGGAGUGGGAGGGACUCCCACACUCACCCCCCCCCCCUCAAGUGCAAAGGGGAUCCACAGGUGCUAGGUUCUUGCCCAAAGGUAUUUGGAGCUCCCGGGAAGCCGGGGGGGGGGGGGGGAGGCGGGGACUGGGCUCAGGGCAUAGCGGUUUAUAAGGUAGCAGGAUCUGCUCUGAGAAGCUUGUUUAGCUCUUUCCACCAUGAAGGGAACGCUGCUUCUGCUGGCCUUGCUGGUGACGGGAGAGCUGGGCUUCCAGACAACAGAAGCAUGCAUUCCUUUCCUGGAACUUAUGGUUGCCACAGUCUCUGGAAACAGGCACUUCCUGGAUUUGUCCACUGCUAAAUUCAACGCUACUGCCGAGGAAGUCACGGCCUUCAGGAAUAUCCAGGAUUGCUACAAUGAUGGGGGACUCUGGAGGAAAGCUUUGGAACCCAAUGUUAUGAAAAGCUUGUACUUCAGCAAAGAGUGUGUUGCCUUCUAUGGCACAGAGACUGUGAAAGUAAUUUUGGAGUUUUUCCAGAAAAUGAUGGCUCAUAGCAAACUUGGUUCAUCUUAGCUUUGCAAAAUGUCUGAUCCGAGUG